UGAAGAAAUAAGUGCUGGAUAAGCAGAUUAGAGUGAUAAGUAGUCAUUCCAUUGCUAAAUCUUACUAACUUCCCGGAUGGCUAUAGCUCCACCAAAGGAUACUUUCUCGUGGAAUUUGAUGCUCUCAAGGUCAUCUAGCAUCGAAAAUGCCGAGAACAUCUUUUAUUCCAUGCCAAAUCGUGACAUUGUGUCAUGGAAUACCAUGCUAUCGCUACUUGCCCGGCACAGCCACCAUGACAAAGCCAUGUCCACAUUCCAGGCUAUGCCGUACCACAACCAAAUCUCAUGGACCACGAUGCUUCUAGUAUAUGCCGAGGGUGGGAAUCUUCUCCAGACGCAGCGCCUCUUUGUGCAGAUGCCACAUCGGGAUCUUAUUUCCUGGAAUGCCCUGCUCGGAGCAUAUACCCAAACCGGGCAUAUUCUCGAGGCUAUUAGACUCUUUGAAAGAAUGCCUCUGUGGAAUCUCGUGUCGUACACAAGCAUCUUGACAUUGUAUGGGCAGAGCGCGAAUCUUUUCCAAGCCAGAGACGUGUUUGAGAAUAUGCCCGAGCAUAACAUCGUGACGUGGAACUCUAUGCUAGCGGCAUAUGCCCGUAUCGGGCAUCUAGACGAUGCGUGGGCCACGUUCGAGAAUAUGCCCCAAACGGAUCUCUUUACGUGGACCACCUUGUUAGUAGCCUGCUGCGAAAGUGGGAACAUAGAGUAUGCCAAGAAAGUCUAUGAGAAGAUGCCAGAGGGAUGCGUUGUGGCCUGGAAUGCGAUGGUGUCGGCCCUUGCCGAGAACGGGCAUCUGGAAGACGCCGCGCGCGUGUUUGAGAAUAUGCCCGAGCACAGCAUCGUUUCUUGGACCGCUAUGGUUACGGCUUAUUCUCGCAAUGGCUUGCUAGAGCACGCGACAAGGGUUUUCGAUCUAAUGCCGCAUCACAACACUGUGGCACUCAAUGCCAUGCUGGAUGCCUACUCGUCGAGCGGCCACUGCGAUCACGCCAAGCGCUUCUUCGAUCGCAUGCUACAGCGGAAUCAGGUCUCCUGGAACACGAUUCUGUGCGCGUUCUUGCGGAGCGGGCAGAUCGACGAGGCCAGAUCGCUGUUCUUCGGCAUGCCGCGGGACGAAAUAUCGUGGACGGCGCUCCUCGCCGCCACUGCGCAGCUAGGUCGUCUCGCCGCGGCCAAGAAGCUCUUUGAUUCCAUGCCGGAGCCGGGGAUUGUGUCACAGGGGGCAAUGCUGGCCGGAUUCGCGAGCAGCGGCCAUUCCACCGCGGUGAUCGAUCGAUUUCAUGAGCUCCAGAUGGUGCUGGAGCCGCGCCCGCUCUCCUUCCUCGCCGUGCUCAUCGCUUGCAAUCACACAGGCAAGACGUUCGAAGGGAGGAGCUACUUCGUGUCGAUGGCGAUGGAUCACGGCCUUCGGCCGAGCAAGCAGCACUACUGCUGCGUGGUGGAUCUCCUGGGCCGGGCAGGGCAUCUGGAUUUCGCCGAGGAGCUCAUCGCGAGCAUGCCAUUCGAGCCAAAUAUUCUCGAGUGGACGUGCUUGCUGGGGGCGUGUCGAAGCUACAAGGAUUCUUGCCGUGAAUCGCGUGUGAUGCAGCGAGUGAUGGAGCUCGAUCCACGGACGGGAGGCGGAGAGGCAGCGUCGGUGCUUCUCUCGAGCAUCCAUUUCAUGGCUGGGAGGCUUAAAUCUUAGGGUUUAUGGGCAAGAACAGGUUCUACGCUGUGCGCCAAGGCCGCCAGCCGGGAAUCUACACAUCGUGGAUGGAAUGCCGGAAACAGGUCGAUGGAUUCGCCAUGGCCGAGUACAAGAGCUUCUCUUUGAAAAGCGAGGCCAAGCUUUAUCUUUCAUCUCUCCAGCCCCA